CCUAAAGCGGUUAGAAUGGUUGUGAUUACAAUAAAGAUUAGUUAUUUUAUUUUGUUUUAAUUGCGGUGAUUUUGCAAUUAAUUUUAAUAGCUUAAUGUGGUAUUGACUAAUACUAAGCGAGUGACGAUGUGCAAAGUUUUAAAGAAUCGAGUUAUCACCCGCAACCUACUGGAAUCUUCCAGUGUAACGUUCAACUGAGGACUAGUGUUUUUAUAAAGGCAAGUAUUUAUUUAAAUCUUGUACAAACAUUGACUCAGAGGUCGAAUAAGCAGAAACUUUAAUAUAUUCAAUAUUUGAAUUGUAAAGUAACUGUAUUUAUCGAAUGUCUACAACUGAAUUAUUUUUAACAAAUUUGUAAUAAAAUAAAUUUGUAUAUUUCUGUAGCGCUGUGUUGAGAUAAAAAAAAAUUGGCAAUGUCAAGCAUUAGUGCACAUUGUCAAAAUAAAACAACAAAAAUAAAUUACAAAAUUUAAAGUAUUCCGAACUAAAGACCCAUUGUUACAACGACACAAUGUUCCAACGAUUGUUUGUUAUGUUCCUUUAUAUGUUCAAUGUCCAAGAAUUGCCGCGAUGUCGACUCAACACCAGAAUUCACUUUGGAGAACCGUUGCCAGUGAUCAUUAAGGAUGGCAAACUUCUGGAGCCGACAGACAAGAAUGGCAAUGUCGAUGUACUAAAAGGCGAAACUUUAACACUAAGUUGCGAAGGAUCAGGUCACCUGAUCCAUCCAAAUAUGAACCACGAAGAAAUUACAGCCACUGUAACUUGUGAUGAAAGAGACCGUUUCACAAAUGAAGCAUGGCUCGCCGCUCCCGCCAGUUUCAGAAUGUUCAAGUGCUCAUAUCCACCAGUUCAUAAAAGUGUACAAACAAACCGUACUUGCUUUGAAAACAAUCAAAUCUAUGAAGUGGGGUAUCAUGUACAAAAUGAAUGGUAUCCAGUAUACGAGUCUUGCUUUGAUGCGAAUCGCCUGAAUGCAGUUUACUCGAAGUAUACUCAGAAACCGUACAAUGCGAACUUCCAAACCAGAGUAGACCGACCAUUUUUUAUAGCUGAUGAUGUCUAUGGUUUUGUGCCUGUUGGGUCCUUAUUUUCUCCAAAUGGACAAAAAAAUGCUGUUUCUAGAUUAGUCGGUCCUUUGGUAAAUAAUUACUUUACAAAUCAACAGUUACUCUCAAGAGGGCAUCUUGCAGCUAAAACAGACUUUGUCAUGGCUUUCAGCGAACGCGCUACGUUCCACUAUGUGAACUGCGCUCCCCAAUGGACUGGAUUUAAUGGUGGAAACUGGAACACGCUCGAGGUGGAUCUCAGGAAUCAUAUAAAUUUUGCUAAUUAUGAUACAAUAAUAUAUACGGGAACUUACGGUGUAUCGCAUUUACUGAACAAAUAUAAACAAAGAGUAGAGUUAUAUCUUUACAAUGAUAUUAACAAUAAUGCAGUAAUACCAGUUCCCGAGUAUUUCUAUAAGGUCGUAUAUGAGCCGAGUACUAGACGAGGGGUGGCUUUCGUGGGUAUCAAUAAUCCUUAUUACACCCUGAACGAAGCCAGAGAGAUGUGUUUCUGCGAGGACAUUUGCCGUGGAAGCCGUAACUUCAGCUGGUUGACCUGGCACCCCGACGACCCAAGCGAGGGAUAUAGUUUCUGCUGCACUAUACCUGAUUUCCGGGUAACAGUUCGCCAUCUUCCUUAUUUUGAAGUCUCUGGGUUGUUAGUUUAAUGUUUUUAAUGAUUUUAUAAAGUGCCAGUAGUUCUUCAUGGCGGGUGAACGUACUCUCAAAUAGGUAUGUAAAGUUUAUCAGCCUGACCAGUGAACUGCGGAUGUGACCCUAAGAGUGAUUGUAAUAUUGUUUAAUUUUAAUACAAGAUUUAUUUAUUGUUA